AUGAAAAAUGCCAAUAGAACAUUUAAUGUUAGUGAAAAUGUUAAAGAAGUUGAAAGAGCUAAACAUGAACCUAGUAAACUAAUAAAUGGCAAUGAUGGCUUGGAUAAUCUAUUUGUUACCAAAAAUCAGCUAAAAUUUGCAUGUUGA